AUGGUAUAUAAGGAUUUACAACCAAUAAGUAUCGUAGAAAAUGAGGGAUUCCGAGAAUACUCAAAGGCUUUGAAUCCAACCUAUUCUUUACCUUCACGGAAAACGGUUUCUAAAUCCUUGCUUCCUGCUGCUUAUGAAGAAAAAAAGAAUAGUUUAAAAAACGUUCUUAGUGCUGUACAAAAUAUCUGUUUGACUGUAGACUGUUGGAGCAACCAAAAGGCUGAAAGUUACAUGGCCGUGACAGGCCAUUUUAUUGACGAACACAUGCAAAGGAAAACGGUACUGAUUGACUGCUCAAUUUUUGAUGAACGUCAUUCAGCCAAAAAUAUUGCAGAAAAUAUCAUACACAUUUGCCAACCAUAUUUUCCGAUGGAAAAAGUGUCUUUAAUAGUGACUGACAAUGCCAAAAAUAUGAUUAACGCUGUCGACAGCGAACUAAAGUUAAAACAUUUAGGAUGCAUUGCACACUCUCUCAAUUUGGCUGUCACAAAUUCUCUAAACGAGGUUAACGACCUUCUAACGAAAAUUAGGGAUAUUGUGAUAGUUUACAGGAGAAGUAAUAUCGCUGCAAAAAAUCUGCGAAAAUAUCUGUGCUCUAGCGAGGAGAGAAAAGACUUAAAAGUCAUCUUAGAUGUGAAGACUCGUUGGAACAGCACGUUUUAUAUGGUAAAACGUUUCCUUGAACUGAAAGACGCUAUUCGUUCUACAAUGGGUUUGAUGAACGACCCCCCAGAGGCUCUUGAUGUGCCAGAAUGGGAAAGUGUCCAACAUCUUUGUGACGUUUUGAAACCUUUUGAAAAGGUGACUUGCGAGUUGAGUUCGGAAAAAUACUUGUCAGCAUCUAUGGCGCCUGUGUUAAUCGGCGGACUUCAAAAAAUCUGUGAAAAUCUGCUUAGUAAAAGUGUUAAUGAACAAGUACAAAAUGUGGUACUAGUACUACAACGUGAAUUGGUUGCACAAACUACCCAUAAUCUUGUUGAGGAUGUGGAAGAGGAUGAUGAAGAGAUAGACGAAUCAUCGGUUUGGUUCGAGUUUGAGAGUAAAGUUAUAGCCUCUCGAACUUCAGCUUCCGCAGCAGACGCGGCAAUCGACAAAGCUGCGGCGGCAGAAGUGAAAAGAUACCUGCAAGAGCCCAUUCUUUCCAGGAAAUCUGAUCCACUGGAGUGGUGGGAAAAGAAUAAAAAUGUAUUUCCUAAUUUGUAUGAAUUAUCACGGAAAAAAUUAGGCCUUGUGGCUACUUCAGUGCCAUGCGAAAGGGUGUUCUCUAAAGCUGGAUUAAUACUGAAUGAUCGGCGAAACC